AUGGCUCAAUCCGACUCCUCGCCCAGCGCGUCCACGCAGAAGGAGUUCCAUAUCUUCGGCUGGGGUAUCUCUUUCAGCAUCUCACCCAUUAUCCACAAUGCUGCAUUCAAACACUUCCAUCUCCCUUAUACAUACGAUAUCCGCGAGUCAUCAGUCAUUGAUGGCGUUGAGCAUUUAAUCAAAGCCGAAAACUUCGGCGGCGCUAGCGUGACUAUGCCUCACAAGCUAGAGAUUCACAAGUUUCUCCAGGACCAAACCGAGUCAGCCAAACUAAUUGGAGCCAUCAAUACAGUCAUUGUUAAGGGAAGUGGCAAAGAUCGCAUUCUUGUUGGCGAAAACACAGACUGCUCGGGACUGCAAAGCCUUAUCAAAAGCUACGUUGACAAGACGCAGCACCAGCCCAAAACAGGACUCGUGAUUGGUGCUGGAGGUGCAUCACGAGCGGCAGUCUAUGCUCUUCACAAACAGGGGGUGGAGAAGAUCUACCUUGCCAACCGAACAUUGGCUAACGCCGAGCAGGUGAAAGUGGGCUUCAGGUCUUUGUUCGAAGUCGAGGUACUUCCUCUUGAGAGUCUCGAGAAGCUACCGAACCUCCCUGAUAUCAUCAUUGGCACCGUCCCCGCAAAUGUGACGGUAGAGGAACAGUUCUCUUCGAUUUUUAGCUCCACCGGGGGUCUUUGCAUUGAAAUGGCCUACAAGCCUCGUCAGACACCUUUGCUCAAUAUGGCUCGCAAGAAUGAGGGCUGGCACACUGUCACUGGUCUCGAAGUUCUGCUUGCUCAGGCAUUUGAUCAAUUCCACCUCUGGACUGGACUUGAGGCGCCACAGAAGGAGAUGACAGAAGCGGUUGUAGCUCAUGAGACUAAGCAAGAGGCAAAAACCGUGCUGUGA